AUGGGAUGCUCCCCGUACUUCGCCGUCACCGGCUCCCAUCACCUCAUUCCACUCGACAUCAUCGAAGCGACUUACCUACAGCCCCCUCCAUUGUCAAUUCUCUCCAGUGAAGAUCUUAUCGUCCGCCGGGCGAUAGCCUUGCAGAAACGUGACGCACAAGUUGAACGACUCCAUUCUCGCGUCCUCCAGCACCGCAUCGAGGCAGCAAGGUGCUUUGAACGUGAUCAUGCCGCAACCAUCCGUGACUUUAAUUUCAAGCGCAGCGAUUUGGUCCUGGUUCGUAAUACGAAGAUAGAAAAAUCCCUCAAUCGUAAAAUGCGGCCCAGGUACCUCGGACCACUUAUCACAGUGUCCCGGAACCGUGGCGGAGCUUAUAUUCUGGCCGAACUCGAUGGUACGCUCUUCGACCGACCCUUUGCCGCGUUCCGCGUCAUUCCCUACUUCGCAAGAAAAUCUAUUACGCUCCCGGAGGAUUUUACAGAUGUCGGCGAGGAUCAAGUACGAAGAAUGGAAGAACAGGACAACCAUGGGGACGAUGAAGCAGACCAAGAUCCUCAAGACGAAGCGAACUGA